AUGGGAUCCGAACUCCAAGUCCUACCCCCAGGAGCAGGCUAUGGCAUAGUAAUAGGAAUAGGCGGAGUCUUCGCCCUAUUCAUGUUAGGCCUAACCUGGCUCCAAAACAGAUACACGCAGUUCUCAACCCACUCCGCCGAGGAAUUCAACACUGCCUCGCGAUCCGUCAAACCAGGCCUGAUCAGUGCAGGCAUUGUCUCCUCCUGGACAUGGUCCGCAACCCUCCUAACAAGCUCAACCUUCGCCUACAGCUAUGGUGUGUGCGGACCGAUGUGGUAUGGCGCCAUGGGCACGCUCCAGAUUCUCAUGUUCAGCUUAAUCGCUAUCAAGAUCAAAUCCAAGGCACCUGGGGCGCAUACCAUGCCUGAGAUUGUCUUGGCGCGACAUGGAAAGGUGGCGCAUAUUACGUAUCUUUAUUAUGGGCUUGCGACGAAUAUGCUUGUGGGUGCUUGUUUGGUGCUGGGUGGUGCGCAGGUUGUUGAUGCGCUCACUGGGAUGAAUGUGUAUGUGGCGACGUUUUUGAUUCCCGCUGUUGUGGCGGCGUAUGUUAUUGCUGGGGGUCUGAGGUCGACGUUUAUUGCGGAUUAUACUCAUACUGUUAUCUUGUUUGUGGCCAUUCUUGUUUUUGGGUUCUUGACUAUUACCACUAGCGAUUCGGUGGGGAGUCCAGCGAGGUUAUAUGAGUUGCUUCAGGAGGCUUCGGAGAAGAUGCCUAUUGAUCGGAAUACUGAGGGUUCUUAUUUGACUUUUCGUUCUGUUGGGGGGUUAGUCUUUGCGUUCGAUCUUUUUGUUUCGGGGUUUACGACUGUUUGGCUUGAUCAGGCCUAUUGGCAGCGUGCUAUUGCUUCUAAGCCUGAGACUUCGGUUAAGGCUUAUAUCUUUGGUGGGCUUGCUUGGUAUGGAAUCCCCUUCGGCUUCGCGACAAUCAUGGGCCUUGGAUGCGCUGCUCUAACAGGCGAUCCUCGUUUCCCAACCUACCCAAACGCACUGACAACCGCCCAAGUUGAGUCUGGACUCUCAGCACCAGCAACAGCAAUCGCCCUGAUGGGAAAGGGAGGAGCGGUCUUGAUGCUAAUUCUCCUCUUUAUGGCGGUAACCAGCUCUACAUCCGCCGAGUUGAUCGCCGUCUCUUCUCUCCUGACAUUUGACAUCUACAAAACUUACUUCCGCCCCAAUACUAGCUCUGAAGCACUGGUCCGAGUCAGCCAUUGGGGUAUUGUGCUAUAUGCCAUCGUCCUAUCCGUAUUCUGCUGCAUCCUCAACGCUGCAGGUAUCAGCUUGACAUGGGUCCUGACCGUUCUGGGUGUUAUAGUCGGCGGUGCGGCAUUGCCCGUCGGCAUGAUUCUACUCUGGGAACCAAUGUCAACGGUCGCAGCCGUUGCAGCGCCAUGGAUUGGAUUCGUCUGCGGCAUUACAGUGUGGUUUGUCACGGCCUACAAACGGUCAGGGACGAUCAAUGUCGCGACUACAGGCGAAACGACAAACGCCCUAGCCGGGAACCUGGCUUCGUUUGGCGUGGGAUUUAUCAUGGCUGUGGUCCUCACCUUUGUAUUCCCCGGAAAGCACGCCGAUCCAAAUGCUCAAGCUCUCGCUGGUGUUGCGGUUCCUGUUAAGGAAGAAAAUCCUACAUCUGAGACUGGACGGGCUACCGCUGCAGACAAGGCUCAAUCGAUCGAUGAGAAGACUACCUUACCCCCGAUCUCGAGUGAAGUUGUCUCACCUGCUCCAACCACUAGGAAUGAACUGGUUGAUUAUCUCGAGUCUCAUGACGUGGAACCGAUGGAUCCGGUUCUUGUUAAGAGGGCAUUCUAG